UCCCGCUGCCAUGUCCUGCAAGGCUCUGGCCCUCUGCCUCCUGGGGCUCCUGACUCUCUCCUCUGCUUGCUACAUCCAGAACUGCCCCAUCGGGGGCAAACGAGCUGUGCUGGACAUGGACAUCAGGAAGUGCCUGCCCUGCGGUCCCCGGAACAAGGGCCACUGCUUCGGGCCCAACAUCUGCUGCGGGGAGGAGCUGGGCUGCUACAUCGGCACCUCGGAGGCGCUGCGCUGCCAGGAGGAAAACUUUCUGCCCACCCCCUGCGAGUCGGGACGCAAACCCUGCGGCUCCGGAGGGAGCUGCGCCGCUCCCGGCAUCUGCUGCAGCACCGGUGAGGGCGAGGGCUGUGGCACUGACUCAUCCUGUGACCAGGAGCUGCUGUUUGUGUAG